AUGCACGAUGGAACAACUUGUGGUUUGUUUUUUUAUUGGAGGCUUCAAAAAGGCUUAUCCGUUCAUGCUACGGCUUUCAGAGCUAAUGUGAACCAUAGCACCGCAAAUAACUGGUAUCAGAAGUACCUAAGCGACCCUGAUAACUAUGAAUUGGAAAAAAAGACUAACCGCAGUAACCGGCCUGUUCUUAAGCUUCAGAAACCACACAAACGGCAUUUGAUUAAUUUUUUUGAUGAAAAUUCUUCUGCUGUUAUAACUGAUGCUGUAGAAAGUUUGACAGCAGCUUUCGAAGGGUUUGAUAUUAAGAAGUCUGGAGUCAAUGAGUUUAUGAAGGACCAAUGUAAUCUCUCUUUAAAAGUCGUCACGUUGCAUCCAAGACCUCGUAACAAUGAAAAAAAUUUAGAAAAGAGAUUAAAGUGGGUGCAAGAGUGGAUGGGCACCAACAUGGAUUUUACAAAAAACUUUGUUUUUAUUGACGAGUCAGGUUUUGAUACACUAACUCAAAAAAUGGUUUCAAUGUUUUCACUUUAUGGAAUUUAUGACGUCUAUAUUACUUAA